UUUCAGUCAGUAGCACAUGAGCGCUCGUGGAGUGAGUACAGAGGUAUUUCGUUCCCGAAGCGGGCGAGGAUGUUAAUUUGUGAUCGACGAGCGACUGUGAGAGGAUCGUCUAACGUCUAAGUCUAAACGCGCGUGCAACAUCGUCCCGGUAUCGAGAUCGAGUCACGAAAAAAAAUAAUACGAUUGACACGCACUGUAAUCAUCGCUGCUCUACGAGCACGUGGAUGCGGAAUACGUUUUCGGACAAGCUUCGCAAGCUGGAUCGCGCACUCUAGUUCGUCAUCCACAGUCGAGUCGCGGUCACGAGAGGAGCGUCGUUUGACAAGUCCUUCAAGUAAUUUUCGCCCGAGUCGCCGUUCAGACGCGGAUUUAAGUUUCGUUCGAGAGAAACGAGUACUCGAGUUGUGUUGAAGUAUCUCGCCGCUGCGAGAUAUAUCGGAUUUAUUCCGACGUACGGAAGUACGUCCUUUUGGUGAGAGAAUCCGCGCCUGCGACAGAGAGUGAUCGAUAGCGAUCGAGGAUAAAACGAGAGUAGUCCUCACAUUCGCUGGUGAAGCGCGCGGAUUGUGAUAUGCGAGGCGUCGAUUUCACGCCGUUGUUUAAUUGAAGUGAAGUGUACGUGAAGUUUUUUUCGGAAAACCGGCCCGAAAAUGGUGCCAACGCAGCAGGAUCCCUCGGGGAUACCCAUCGUAUUCGGAUCUUUACUGGUGGAUCAAAACUCGCUGACGCCUUACUCAGAUGCGACUCAGACUAAAAAGAACAAUCCAAACCGGAUCAAGAGGCCUAUGAACGCAUUCAUGGUCUGGUCGCAGAUGGAACGCAGGAAGAUAUGCGAAGUACAGCCGGAUAUGCAUAAUGCCGAGAUCAGCAAGAAAUUAGGGAAAAAGUGGAAGAUGUUAGAUGAGGAGGUUAGACAACCUUUCAGAGAUGAGGCCGAGCGACUGCGGCAGCUGCAUCAAAAACAAUAUCCACACUACAAGUACCGACCGAGGAAGAAGUCCUCGAAACCCGCCGAGAUCUCGAAGACAAAGGAGAGGAAGAGACCGCGAAAAUCAGCGUCAUUAUCGUUGCCGUCGCCGUCUCCAUCCGUAUCACUGUCGCCUUCACCAUCUCCGUCGCCAUCGACGUCGUCAUUGUCAACGUCAUUGUCGACGUCGUCAAACAGCCCGAUGGUACAUACCUCAUACGUGGCCGCUUCCCCGAUGUCGCCACCCUCGGCGACAUCCGCCGCUAGUCACGCAACCAGAACGAGAAAUGAUAAUAACAAUAACAACACCCAGCAGCAAACGUUGAAGAAGCCGAUGAAGAAGCUACAGACUCUGCCGAACAAACCGGUCUCCAGGUUGAACGCCAAGCAAGUCCGACUGACUCUAGAGACUCUGGAGACACCGCACAAUACAGCAUUACAUUCUGAUGUGGAUUACACUUCGGCGCCGCCCAUAGUGACUGCUAAAGUGCCCACCAGCCCGACCUGCGACACCCCGGAUUCACCGGAGUCCGCCACUUUCUACGACGAUAACUACUCGGAGUCCACCUCCAUGGCCCAACACCCGACGUACAAUAUAAUCCCCAUCAAGAUCAAGCAGGAACCUAAGGUCGAAUUGGAUAACACAAACGAUUUCGCAAGCAAGAAUCUUAAUUUGCCGGAUAUAACAUCGGUGACGCGACCGAAUCGCGGAUAUUGCCGCACGAACUCGGCUUCUGGCGGUCGGCAGUCAGCGACGAAUUUCCACGUCAAAGAGGAGAAGAUAAUAAAGGAGACGAUUUUUAACAUGAAGCGGGAUAUGAGCCCGUACUGGUCGCAUUCUUUGCUAACGGACGCGGACGUUUCAUCGACGUUACUUACGCAACAACCGGUCAUCAUACCAUCCAUUCCUACGACGACGACGACUGGCACUACGGGAGUCCUCCUCGCUGAAGACUCCUUGCUCACUGAUGAUUCGUUUAGUAAUAUUACGUACCCUGUCAAACUCGAAGAAUUGAUCAACAACGCCGAACUUUCCGAAUUAUCCGAACUGAGUGCUGAUCUGACGAACAUGGAGGGGAUGGAGGAUAUGAAGGAUGUAGAUUUCACGUCUAAUCCUACUGACAUAAUUACCAUGUUCCUUAAUCAUAGUGACGAGUACCUCCUACCAGACAAGAGUUAUUAAAAAAUCAAGAAAAAAAUAACACAUAAGGAUAUGGAUGUCGUCUUCAAUUUGUGUGCAACGCUUCUUUCACGGAGGAGGAUUGUUGGCGUGUUUAUCAACCGCAUUAUGGGUUGCAGUCCUCAGGAUGAACGAGCCUUCUCCGCAGGAAGAAAUGUUUGUGUUCGAAAGCAUCUCGCGAAUCGAUCGAUUCGAAGAUUUGGACUGAUUGUGUUAGCGAGAACAUGAUAACGCGCAUUAUCACGACUGCUAACGUCGUGCUUUUUUUUACCCUUUCCCCACGCGAAUUACAUAUGACUCGAUUUUUGACAGACGGCCGAAUGUAUCGUCAUUCGCCAUCGCAUGUCUUCAUCUUUUUGUACUUGGCGCUUGAGAAGAUAUUGCUCCUUAAAAAUGUACGCCUCCACGAUUUUUUUUCUCAAAUUGACACGCGUCGUGGCUCUCGGAUCGCUUUUAUACUUAAUGCAGGCGAGUGUUCGCGAAACCAAUCGUUACAUUGAAUCAGAAUGUCUUUUCGAGAGGAAGAGAUCGUUUGGGUUGUAAUUAUCCUCGACCGUAUAAUCUUUGUGGAUAGCGAGAUAUCCAUAAAAUGGAUGAUAAUUAGCAUGUAUAAGCCAUUAAGAUAAAUUCAGGAGAUAGUGCAUUUUACGUGACCUUGUUUCAUGAUUCUUUUUUUGUCUUGGAGGAAUUUGCGAAAAAUAUUAAAGUAGGAUUUUCCAUUAUCUCGCCGCGUACAGGACCGGGAGAGACGUUCUGUCAUUGCAUAUAUUUUAAUUUAAUGGACCUCCGUUUCGCGAAUAUACGCCUUCAACGCCACGAUUGCAGAGAACAAACAACAGCGAUUUUGAGUGCUGAACUUUUUUUUACGAACUAGUCCGCCAAUAUAUUAAAUUGUUA